AUGAAUUUUUUAGUAAAUCGUCUUGAACGUAAUAUUGGUAUAGAUUUGAAUGGUGACGGAUACGUUGGAGGACAAGGCUUUCUGAGUCGAUUAGAAAGAGCAACACAUAUUGACUUUAAUCGUGAUAAUAUCAUUGGUCGACCCCGUGAUGUUAUGUAUGGUUAUCCUGGAAUGUAUGGCUACGGCAUGCCUUAUGCAUAUAGUCCUCAUGGUUAUGGCUUUGGGUUAUAUAGUCACUACUAA